UACGGGUCUUUUAACUAAAAUCUUGCAACUCCAUGGACGCCAUUUCUUUCCUUCUUUCCUUCAUGCAUUGUGUUUAUAUAUAAUAAUGUAUUUGGCUGCGGAACACAAAAACAAAUUUAAGGAAACAGAGACAGAGACACAAACAGUUGAGAGAUGGAGAGUGGUAGCGAGCAAAUGGAAAGAAGAAAGGCAGAAAUUGAGGAAAAGAAGGCAAUGACAGAGGGUUUGCCUCUACAGAGCAGUCCUUAUUUGAGAUGCCAGGAUUUGGAAGACUACAAGCGCCAGGGUUAUGGAACAGAAGGACACCGACAAGUCAAGCCCAAUCAUGGCGGUGGUGCCACUGAUGCUCCUACUCUUUCUGGGACUGGCCUCCCCGAAGGAACUCCUCCCCUUCCUUGACUUUCCUCUUCAUGCAUAUGUCUUAUGAUUCAUCAAAAUCAAGUGUAUAAUAUAUAGGAUUUUGUUUGUAUAUUUGGAUUAAUUUGUACAUUUUCGACAAUGUAAGCAGAGAGAAUAGUAUUGCCAUUAUGAAGUUUGUGAGCUUAGGAAAGCUCUGUAUUGAAUUAUUAAUCUAAAGUUUUUAUUUUAUUUUAUUUGUAAA